CGGUGCCGCGCUGCGCUCCCGCUUCACCGGCUUGGACCGGACCGGCCCAGCACGACCCGGUUUGUCCUGGCCGAGCCCGACCUUUCCAGUGCCGGCGGGGCCCAGCGCCAGCUGCUCUUCCCAUGCGGAACCGGGAAUGUGCUGAUCCGUGCAGGAGCUGCCCCAAGGCACUGGGUGGGAUCAUGUGUGUGUGUAAAUGAGCACCGCACACUUCUCCUGAACAAGAGACCCCUCAGUUUUCCAGGUGUCUGCUCCCCAGAGCCCCAGCCAUGUUCAGUGCCAGCCAGAGCUCCCGGGCGCAGUUCCUGGACAAGGCGCGGCAGGCGCGGGAGGAGCGGCGGGAGCUGAAGGAGAGGGAGCGAGCAGCUGUGCAGCUCCAGGCCCUGGUCAGGAGGUUCCUGUGCCGCUGCCGCCUCCAGAGGGACAUCAGGAAGGAGGUGGACGAUUUCUUUGGUACAAAUGAAUCUGGCUCAAGUAAAAGAAGUGCUCUGUCUGUGUUCAGAAUUGCCAGGAAGCUGCUGUUUGUGUUUAAUCCCAAAGAGGACAAGGAGAGAUUUGAAAAGCUGUGCCGCUGUAUCCUUAACAGCAUGGAUGUGGAGAAUGAGCCCAAGGUGUGGUACGUGUCCCUGGCUCUCUCCAAGGAUCUCACACUCCUAUGGAUAAAGCAGAUCAAAGAUAUUUUGUGGUUUUGCUGUGAAUUUCUCAAGCAGCUCAAGCCUGACAUCCUGCAGGACUCCAGACUGGUCAAUCUGCACCUCACAAUGCUUGUCACCUUCACAGACACUUCAACCUGGAAGAUCCUCCGGGGAAAAGGUGAAACCCUGAGGCCUGCAAUGAACCACAUCUGUGCAAACAUCAUGGGACACCUGAACCAGAAGGGGUUUUAUUCUGUGCUGCAGAUUUUGCUAACUAAUGGCUUGGCAAGAUCCAGACCUUCCUUGUCCAAGGGCUCUUUAACUGCCAUCUUCUCCCUGGCACUGCGCCCUGUGGUUGCUGCACAGUUCUCAGACAAUCUGUUGAGGUCCUUCCUGAUCCAUAUCAUGUCUGUGCCUGCUAUAAUGACUCACCUUGCUACUCUCACACCUGAGCGUCUGGCAGUGAUAGAAUCUCACGAUCUGUUCCGCAAGUUCAUCCUGUUCUUGAGCUGUGAGGCUCAAUGCCGAGAUGUCUGUGUGUGCCUGGAGGGGAGCCACACUCUCUGUUUGCUGGGUAACCUGGUGUUCCUGGGCUCUCUGAAUGACCAGGUCCUGGAGGAGGAGACAGCCCACUUUGUGGGGGUGCUCAUCCACAUGCUCUCCUACUGCCAGAAGUACGUGUCACAGAAGAAAUCCAACCUCACCCACUGGCACCCUGUUCUGGGCUGGUUUUCACAGACUGUGGAUUAUGGACUGAAUGAGUCCAUGCCUCUGCUGACAAAGCAACUGCAGCACCUCUGGGGAGUCCAUAUGAUCCGCAUCCUCUUCAGUGAUGUGCUCAGCAAGAAGCUGCUGGAAAAUCAGGAAAUAGCUCAGCUGCCAGCACAGCCAGUUUCCCCUCAGAACAGCCUUCCUAUGAAAAACCUGUUCAAGAGAGCGUUCCAGAAAUCCGCCUCUGUCCGGAACAUCCUCAAGCCGGUGGGGGGGAAGCGCGUGGACUCCGCGGAGGUGCAGAAGGUUUGCAGCAUCUGUGUCCUGUACCAGACCACCCUGACCACGCUCACCCAGAUCCGCCUGCAGAUCCUCACAGGUCUCACCUACCUGGAUGAUCUGUUGCCCAAAUUGUGGGCUUUUAUCUGUGAGCUGGGACCACAGGGUGGGUUAAAACUCUUCUUGGAGUGUUUGAACAAUGACACAGAGGAAUCCAAGAGGCUGCUGGCCAUGCUGAUGCUCUUCUGUGACUGCUCCCGCCACCUCAUCACGAUUCUUGAUGACAUAGAGGUCUAUGAAGAGCAGAUUUCAUUCAAGCUGGAGGAGCUCGUUACCAUCUCCUCUUUCCUGAAUUCCUUCGUGUUUAAGAUGAUCUGGGAUGGAAUUGUAGAGAAUGCCCGAGGGGAGACCCUGGAGCUGUUCCACUCCGUGCAUGGCUGGCUCAUGGUGCUGUACGAGCGGGACUGUCGCCGGCGUUUCGCUCCCGACGAGCACUGGCUGCGCAAGGACCUCAAACCCAGUGUGCUCUUCCAGGAGCUGGACAAGGACAAGAAACGAGCCCAGCUGCUCCUGCAGUACAUCCCACACGUCAUUCCCCACAAGAACAGGGUGCUGCUUUUCCGAAACAUGGUCACAAAGGAGAAGGAGAAGCUGGGGCUGGUUGAAACCAGCUCGGCAUCCCCUCACGUCACACACAUCACCAUCCGCCGCUCACGGAUGCUGGAGGAUGGAUAUGAACAGCUCCGGCAGCUUUCCCAGAACGCCAUGAAGGGAGUGAUCAGAGUGAAGUUUGUGAAUGAUCUGGGAGUCGAUGAGGCUGGUAUUGAUCAGGAUGGGGUCUUCAAAGAGUUUUUGGAAGAAAUAAUUAAAAAAGUGUUUGACCCUGCACUCAACCUGUUCAAGACCACCAGUGGUGAUGAGAGGCUGUAUCCAUCCCCAACAUCCUACAUCCAUGAGAACUACCUCCAGCUCUUUGAGUUUGUGGGGAAGAUGCUUGGGAAGGCUGUAUAUGAGGGAAUAGUUGUGGAUGUACCAUUUGCUUCCUUCUUUUUGAGUCAGCUCCUUGGGCACCACCACAGUGUCUUCUACAGCUCCGUGGAUGAACUUCCCUCCUUGGACUCUGAGUUCUAUAAAAAUCUCACUUCAAUUAAGCGUUAUGAUGGUGAUAUCAGUGACCUGGGCUUAACACUGUCCUAUGAUGAAGAUGUGAUGGGUCAGCUUGUUUGCCAUGAACUUGUUCCUGGAGGGAAGACCAUUCCCGUUACCAAUGAAAAUAAAAUCAGCUACAUCCACCUCAUGGCUCACUUCCGGAUGCACACCCAGAUCAAGAACCAGACAGCUGCUCUCAUCAGCGGCUUCAGGUCCAUCAUCAAGCCCGAGUGGAUCCGGAUGUUUUCCGCGCCGGAGCUGCAGCGCCUGAUCUCCGGGGACAACGCUGAGAUUGACCUCGAGGACCUGAAAAAACACACCGUGUACUACGGGGGCUUCCAUGGGAGUCACCGGGUCAUCAUCUGGCUGUGGGACAUCCUGGCCAAUGACUUCAGCCCCGAGGAGAGAGCCAUGUUCCUCAAGUUUGUGACCAGCUGCUCCAGGCCUCCACUUCUGGGCUUUGCCUACCUCAAGCCUCCUUUUUCCAUCCGCUGUGUGGAAGUCUCUGAUGAUCAGGACACGGGGGACACUCUGGGCAGCGUCUUGCGCGGCUUUUUCACCAUCCGCAAGAAGGAGCCGGGCGGGCGGCUCCCGACCUCCUCCACCUGCUUCAACCUCCUCAAGCUGCCCAACUACAGCAAGAAAAGCAUCCUGAGGGAGAAGCUGCGCUAUGCCAUCAGCAUGAACACUGGCUUUGAGCUGUCCUAGGCGGCCUGCACUCGGUAUGGGGCUCGGAGCUGCUGCCGGAGGGGAGGCUUCGUGCACGGAGCCUGGAUCAGCUCCCGGGAGCCACGGCUCACUUGAGGGCUGGAGACAUGCAGCUGGGAGUGGAGGUUUACAGGGAUCCCGGGAAGAGCUGCUGGGCUCAGGGCUGGCUCUUCUUGGGCACGGCUCCAGACUGGAGGAGGUGAUGGGCCUGACCCAAAACACUUCACUUGACACCCACAUAAAUCGUCUUUCAAAGCAAAACCCCGGGGGAGCACAAAAGGAACAUUCCAAGUGCCAGUCAGAUUAGUGACCGUGAGACCCCCAGCAGGCUGGGCAGGCCGGGCAGCUGCUGCUGUGGGAGUGCUGCUUUUCCCUUUCCCAGGAGCUGCUCUGGGUGGAAGUGAAUCUGUGGGAAAGGCAGAGAGAUGACAGAGCCCACAGGGAGACGAGUGGGAGGCAGCAGCAUUGGAUGUGCCCCAGAUGGGCACUGCUCACUCAGGUACUGCAGGGGGGUUCCAGAUGCCCCCCAAGGCCCUUGGUGUGUCUCAGAGAAGGAACCACGUGCCAGACCCGGGAAGCAGCAGGUUAAACACGAGCAGAUGGACUCUGUGGCUCUCGGGAAGGUCUGGGAGUGCUGGAGGUUAAGAGCUGGAGCAGCAGGCAUGGGGUCAGUGUGCUGAGCCAGCUGUGCCUCUGCCAAGUUCUUGCCAGAGCCGGGGCUUUGGAUGGGAAGGGAAUGUGUCUCAAUUUCUCAGGAGCAGAAAUGGUUUAAUUUUAUGUAGUUUCCAAAGGGCAGGAGCUCCAGAGGACACAGCUCAGGCAGCCCUCGCUCCCCAGCACAGUGCUCAGGCGGGACAGGUUCCUCUCUGGAAACCUCCACUAGCAAAAUUCCUCUUGGAUGGAAGUUUCACUUUGUUUGCAGGCCCUUUUUGUUAGGGAGAUGUGCUGUUUCCACCCAGUACUGGGUCUCUGUGUAAUAGCCAUAUUUGCUUUGUUGCCGAACUAUUUAUUUUGGUCUCUUUGUCUCUUUCUGGCCUUAUGACGUUUGCCUGUAGCAGGCGACUUUGCAGGCUGUGACAGGGGUGUUGGGAAGGUGGGGACCCUUCCUGCCAUUUCUGAUGAAGUCCAGAGACGUUGAUAAAGUGUCUCUACAGUUUCCCACCUUGGUCCCUUGUGCUGUUGCAAGUCCUGCCCCAGCCUGGGCCAGGGAGAGGAGAGACUGGGCUGUUCCUGGGCUGUCCUGUCCAUGCUGGGAUUCUGGCAGCAGAGGAAAACCAUGGCAUUGCCCUGUUUAGGACAGGAUUGAAAACAGUCACCUUCUCCCCACUAAUAAAACAAGCUCCUGCACAGGCUAGUGGGGUCUGCCCUGGGUUUCCUUUCCCCUCCUGGCACUGGCAAACCUUACCCUGCUCUGGCUGUACCCUGCCUCACCUGCUGCCCUGCUGGUCCAUCCCAUGGGAUUCCUGUCCCCAGGUGUGCUCAGCACGGAGAAGGCUCCUGGGCUCUGAGAAACCCCCUUUCCCACAAUGUUCCACAUUUCAAAUGGAUCAGAAACGCUCGGCACCAACCAACCACAAGCAGAGAGGUGGCCUUUGCCUCAUCCUCCUGUCCUGCUGCAGAUGGUUUUCAGAGAAAUAACCCUUUUUUUAGAACUGAUGCCUGGAAAUGCAUCUGGAAAGCAAUGUCAGGAUCCUUUUUCUCUGUCAAAUCUGUGAUAUUAAACAGGAGUGAUGGGAAGUGUUGGUGCGGACAGGAAUGUCUGCAUCCACAGGGUUCAGGGCACUGGGCUGUGAGUCAGAGAAAUUAGAGAAAUUAAAGAUGAUAGGAAAUUUCUCUCUUUAAUUUAUUUUUUUUUUUUUUUUACAUAGAGCAUUUUGACAUUAACCAGUUGGUGACUGUGUAGUGGGGAGGUCUAGGCACUGGCCUGGACCACUCAUAGUUUAAAUGCCACCCAAAAUCUCCUUUUUUUCUUCUAGGAAACGCAGUGUGUUGAACUAGAGCACAAUGAGUUGUUGAACACUGAAAUAAAAUCCUUGCUCCCCUUUUCCCUUUGUUCCUCAGGAGUACAAUUCCUAGAAAAGAUCUUCCUACAGACUUAGCUUGGUCCCUCCAAACCUGGAAAUGUUGCACUGUGAGACACUGCUCCCCAUUGUAGCUGGUGUAUAAAACGUGAUUGUAUGGUGACUCCCCAGUAGCUGUGGACUAGGAUUUCUGUGGAGGGGCUGAUUUCUGUGUCCUGGGGAGGCUGGAAUGCGUGUUUACCUGAGCAGAAGGUGUGGAAGGUGUGUCAGUCCUGCCUGCUCUGUGUGUCCUGCAGGUGUUGUGCAGGGCAGGGAUGGUUGUGCCACGGGAGAUUAAUGAGGAGCUUUUCUAUCCAAGCCUCGCUGCCGUGGAGACCUUGGUUACAUCCCUGUGUGUCAGAACUGCAGAGAAAAUAAAGCUGGUUUGAGCUCA